AUCGCUUGCUCACGGAGGAACUCUUCUUCGGGAGGUUUGCGUGCGUAUUGACGUGUUCCGUUCAAUGAACGGUCGAAGAGAGGGGCAUUCGUACGUAUUCUGAUAUGAUUAUCGGAUGUUCUGGACGACCCGAAACCAUGACUGGAUAUUGUUGUGAGGUCUCCGUCCUUGGGGCUGAAGGGGAGCGAGGUAAAAUCAGUAAUAAUCUAUGAUGCAUGGGAUAAUUUCACACAAAGAAUGACAUCGCUAUCGGCAUCAGAUUGAAUGUCGUAUUACUUUUUCUGGAACAUUCAGGACAGCCCACACGGUUUCAUUUCGCCAAUUUUGCCUACACGGUUCCCACCUACCACUUCUUGGGUCAAAACUUAACUCCACUUCUGGAGCACCGUCUUCUUUGUGGAGACAACAGCUCGCACUAGUCUCACAGGCUGGCCGGGAUAGGCAAGCACUCCAGAGUCAUGAUCAUUGCGAACGCAGAGUCGUCACAACCGCGUCACAGAUUACUCGACCCUUACACGUGAUACUGAUCAAGCCUGUACCUUCCCGAUAUGGAAGAAGCUUGGAGUUUUUGACCCAGUCGAUCGAGACUGUGUUCACAUCUUACUCUUAACCACCUUCUUCACUGUUACUUUCCUCCCCCUUCCCCCAACCUCCCCAUUUCCACGAUGCCUAUUCCAACCUCAGAAACCACACCAGAGGUUUACCAUAUAGCGCUUGAUACGAUCUUUCACGGUGUAGAACACCCAGUUUCGACGUCGGAUCUUCCUGUUCACCAGUAUCGCGGGAUCAAGUAUGCCUCAAUACCAGCCCGCUUCAAGCCAUCAAAAAUCUUCACGUCGUAUCCACCUGUUACCGACGCGACAAAAUAUGGACCUAUCUGCCCUCAAAUCAGGAAUAUGAAAAGCUUUGAACAAAUCAUGUUCGGUCUCCUCGAUGACGAGAUACCAAAACAACCCCUAAUCAAGCAAAACGAGUUCGAGUGUCUGAAUUUGAACAUUACUUGUCCGGGCGGUUUCAACUCUCGUUCUCAUUUACCUGUCAUGGUCUGGAUACAUGGCGGUUCGGAUCGCGGUUCAGGAUCAAGUUGGGCGUAUGACGGCGGUCAUCUAGUUCGAAAGAGCAUGUUACUUGGGAAACCUAUGAUUAUGGUGACGUUCAACUUCCGGCUUGGCCUAUUCGGAUUCGCUGCAAGUCCCGCGCUUCGGGAAGACAAUAAAUCCUCAGGUGAUGAAGGUGUAGGCAACUAUGGCUUGAAGGAUCAGCGAACAUUAUUGGAAUGGCUCCAUCAUUACAUUGCUGACUUUGGUGGCGAUCCAAACAACAUAACACUGUUUGGAGAGUCUACAGGCGCGGCAGACAUUGUGUAUCACCUCCUUUCCACUCACAAUGAGCAUCGACCGUUGUUCAGUCGCGCUAUAAUCCAAAGCGCACUUAUGGAAUACAAUCUACCUGAUGUCGCUACAGCAGGAUGGCACAUGAACAGGUUGAUGUCUACGCUACGUGUUAGCACUUUAGACCAACUCAGAUGUGUGGAGCCAGAGCAGCUCGUACAGUUUGGCCAGACUAUGCGCGUGGUGGAUGACGGCGUAUUUCUCCGACCUACCUGGAAGGAAUGUUUUAUUCCUGAGGAUCAUCAUCGACAUCACCAUCGAGUUGAACAACAACGCCUAGUCUCUAGCAGCAAGGCAAGAUCAUCUUCCCGCAGAAAACUCCAUUCGCACUCCCAGUCUCGAUCUCGGCCACGCACGGCAGCGUCCUCACGACCAGGUGUUCCCAUUUCAGCCACGCUGCGGGAUCUUCCACCCCAUCUGCAGCCACUGAUCAUUGGAGACUGUGCGGCUGAUUCUUCAUUGUGGUCAACGCCAGUCUCCUUUUGGACGGCUCACUCUGUCGCACGACGACUCAAAGCUGUUUGUCAAUCUUUACCGAAGUCUAGUGCAUUACUCAACGCGUACGACAUUGUCGCAUCGCCCUAUGCAAACGACGUAGACGCCGAGCUCGAAAACGUGGAGCGGAUAUUAGAGUUGGUCAACGAUGCUCGUAUAGCGUGGCCCACCGAGUGUUUCUCUGUGAAUGUCAAACGUGAACGUGGCAACAAGGGAGUGUGGAGAUACAUAUGGGAUCAAGACGGUCCGACUCGCCACUCACCUCAUCACGCAUCGGAACUGAUCUACCUGUUUGACAAUGUUCCUGGCGUAGCUAAUACUCUUGAGGAUCCAUUUCCUGACACCUUUUCCGACUUUGAUGAAGAGUUGGAGAUGUCGGAAGUGGCCUCUUCGGCAACUUCAGGUCCGGAACGCGCAUCCGUGGUGAAGCGCCGGAAGAGUUGCUUGUCGAGAGAUGAAGGUGGUGAUGGUUUCGAGGUGGUGGUGAUGGGUGAGUUGAAAAUAGAUGAAGUCGAUACUAGAAUGGUGUCUCCGGCUGCUUCAUUCGUUCAUGAUGGAUGGAUGGCACCUGUUGUGGAUUCUCACUCAUACACGAGAGUGAGAGAUGCCAUUCAAGAGAGAUGGAUUACAUUCGCAAAUGGAGAGACUCCAUGGGACGAGGAGAAAGUAUGGGUGUUUGGUCCGGAGGCCGAAACCGGCGAGAGAAGUAAAUGGAUAUUCGAUGCUAGGAGAAGACGAUGCUUGUGGAAAGAGGUAUUGGAACCCCUUGGAAUGUCGUUGGUGAUGAAGGUUGGCGUAGAGUUGAGCAGAGGGCCACCUUUACGAUGAUAAGUUAUUAAGUUACUCUCCUAUUUUCUUUUUCUUUCGGGGUCUUGUUUGCAUUUUGGCUUGCUUCUGCUCUGGUCGUUGGGGUCAUUUACUCAUUUAGGAUACACAUAUUUUAUACUGUACACGCGCUCGCGGUUUCAUGCUUACUGUUGUACGCACCAUCAUCCAACUUCACUCGAACUUUCAAGCUCCUUUGUCAUCCAUCAUUAUAUAUAUAUUCGGUCGUAUCGUAGAGGACCAUUCUCUGUGUUAUUAAAAGGACUUGUACCGUGCGAGACUAGCAGCGAUACGAGGCUGCAAAAAUCUAGUCGACAGAAUCAGGCAGGAUAUAUAGACAGUUCAAGCCUGUGUACAGUCAUAGUCUACAAUUAAAACGUUAGUUAUGCGCGCU